AUGGACAGUGUCAGGACAAAAUCAGGAUACAAACAAGACAUCCAAAAACUUCAAAGUCCACAAUUUGCAACUUUACCACAAUCUCCAGCAAUCGCAAAUCUGCCAAAAUUUGAAAACUCUGAUUUUCCCAAAGAUCCAAAUCCUCAAUCCAUCCGUGAGAAUGUGCGCAAAGCUCCGACCCAUUUCGAAAACGAAAUCCUACAAGAAAUUGAAAGACAACAGAUGGAAGAUGAAUUUGAAAUGGAAUACAUGACCACAACGCAAGCACCAAAAAAGAAAACUCACCCUGAUAUUGUCACGACUUUCCGUAACCCAGCGCACGGCUACAAGUGCCAGAGAGACGAGACGCUGUCCUACUUCUUGGUGUACGGCAGCCGGCUUUCAACGAAAAUGUUACCACAAAGAUUGAAUGGCGUGGAUCAGAGCAGUUGCUUGAUGUAUUGUAGCCAAAAUAUUAAUGCCAUCGGUCAAAAUAUUCCAUGUUAUUCUUUGAAUUAUGAACCAACUAACGAAAUUUGCGAGAUGUAUGGAAAACAAGAACGUAAUGAAAGCGAUUCUGCAGUCUUGGCUAUUGAUGAUGAGCACACUUUUGGAGACAAAUUCUGUAUAAAGACGAAAAACCAUUGUGAUGCUGAAACUUUAUAUUCGGUUCACUUGUACAAAAAACUCACGAAGAACAUUAUUGGAAAAGUUCCAGGGCUAGAUUCCCAAAUUCAAUGUUUAAAGGAAUGUAUUGAGAAUCGGGAGUGCAAGGCAGUCACAUACAAAAAAGGAAUGUGCGUACUUCACUCCAUUAGUCCGACAGAAGACGAAACUUUACUCCAAGAUGGAAAUGGAAAAACCGUGGUGAUUGUAAACGGGUGUCACGUGUCAAAUCGCGUUGAAACCGAGAACACUAAGAGUGUCGACGAUAACAAAGAAUCCGAAUCGGAAUGGCAGGAAUGGAGUUUAUGCCAAUAUGGCGUGAAGGGACGAAAGAUGAGAGUUCGUCAGAGAGAAUGCGAUGAUUGUGAAGAAGAUAUGCAAGUGGAGGAAUGUUAA